GAUGUGCGCGAGCGGGCGAGAGAGAAAAGUAGUGUGCGUGAGAGAGAGAAAGAAAGUUUGCCGGCACAAUAACGUAGCGCCGUUGGUAACGCUAAACGCAAUACUGUACGGACUGUCGGGUCGUUUCGUUUGACGACGGACACCGUCGUUUACUAGCGCGUAAAUUAGUUUUCAGCGUUUUUACCUAUUAGUCUAGUCACUCUAGUCAUCACUAAUUUUAUCUGUUUGCUUGUACUUAUAAACCAUACGAUAAUAAUAUAACCAGCGCGUAGUAGUCGGCUAGUAGAAUUUAUUUUAAUACAUUAAUACGUAUUAUUAUUGUUCGUAAAUCCGACGAUCAUGGGUAAUAGCUUCAGUUGUGGUUAUCCGAUGUUUUGUAACCGCCACAGACAAGUGGAGCCGAAGGAACUUUUACUAAUGAACAACAUUUGGAAAACGAACGAUAUUUUGUACAAACGCAUUAGAAUGGAAAGGGAGAAACUUGAGGAUAAAAAAUCCGGAAGUCUAGUGAGGAUAGUUGCCGAGUUCUCUCCUUGCAAGGCUUCAGGUUGUAGAUGUAAAAAAGGAGUUUUUGAUGAAGUUGAGUGUGAUAAUCAUGGGUGGAAAAAUAGUAUCUGCACUAGGGCUGGUUGUAAACAUCCACUGUCUGACCAUGCAAGUCAUGUUAUGUCUGCUACAAGGACUGAGUUUGCCGCUACAAUAAAAGUAGUAUUUGAUAUCAUUAAUAUAAAAGGAACAUUAGAAAAUACAUCUAAAAAGCCCAAGACGGAGAGAAUUAUUCUGGUAGAAGACGUGUUUGUAUCAAUUUAUCAUGUAUUACUCAAAACUUUACGUUAUGAUCCAUUUACAGCACCUAAUAUUGAUAAAAUUUAUGGGACUCCACCAUUUGAAAAAACUAACAUAAAUCAAAUUUUGUUAAACUUUUGUGUACAAAAGUUUGGUAAAAAGAAUAGUGUUUUGGAUUUAAAAGAUGCACUUAAAAUCACCAAGUUUGUACUCAAAUAUUUUAAUACAUGGUUUUGGACUCUUCCAGACCAAUUAGUGGAUUGUAAUCCUCGCAGAUAUUCAACUAGUUAUUACAACUAUUAUCGUAGAUAUUUGCUGUAUUGUUGUAUGCCCAGAUUGGUCCAUUCGAUUACCCCACGAUACAAAGCUAGUAAGAUUUUUGGUUGCCAAGUUUUGAAAUAUACUCUAAUAACAUUCAAAAGGGAAUUGCAAGUUUGGUGUUACAAACAUAAUAUAAUGUGGGAAGAACAUGCAAAAAAGUUUUGCUUGAACUACUUGCCUAUAUACAUGGAUUUAUUGACCAGAGAAGUUUUCAACGAUAAUUCAUAUAUAUAUAUCAGAAAUUUUAAACUUUCAGAUGUACAUAAAAAGAUUUUAUUUUUGGAAAAUUCCUAAGAAAAAACUGAGAAGCCUAAUGUCUUGAAGUAUUUAAUUAUAAUUUAUAUUUAUUACAAUCUUGAAUCAAUAGGUUUUAAGUCUGAAGUAAAUAAAUUAAAAAGAACCCUAAAAAAUGAAAAAUAAAUAAUGGUAAACAUCAUGGUAAAUGUGCAACUAUACAUUUACUGAUUAGAUCUUCUCUUUCAUUUAUUCUGAAGCUACUGUAUCACAUUUAUAAGUUAUAUUGAAAUAUUGAAUUUAAUAUUAA